GAAAGGAGCCAGGCGAUGCGUUACGCUACGAGCGCAGAACCGUCAUACAAGCCAAAAACGAGGAAGACGAAAGUUGGAAAGCAGAGGAGAAAUCAAUACAGGGAGCUGAUGAAAGUUCUUGAAGCACACAAAACAAAACUAGAAGGAACUGGCCAGCUUUCGAAUGGAAACACUUACCAUAGGAAGGAAAUUAUACUGACCAUUCCGUCUACAUGUAACGUUAUAUCAUUGCCAAUUAACUGCGCUGGCUGCACCAUCACUUGUGAGAAAUGUGCCUAUGACACUGAAGUGUCCACCGUAGACAAUUACGACAAAGUCGUCACAACUUCAAACGUGCCAUCGACUUCGAGCCAGUGUCUCUCGACAGAGCCGCUAACUGCCGAGGUAGAGGACUUAGUGGCCAUACAAGGCGAUGCAGACAUCAUGCCGCAUGUGUUGCCCUUUGCACCUCACGUUGCUGAACGUUUCGACGUGGAUCUGACGGAAGACGAGCUUCAUGGACCACUGGAAGAGCUUGCUACAUCAAGGCCAGCGGUUUCAUCGGCAUCCAAAAAGAAGACUGAUUCGUUCACAUUUCGGCUGACUCCUUCGCAGCACGAUAAGGUGGCCAAGAUUAAGAAGGCGGACCUCGAUAAGCUGGCACAGGAAAUGCAGAUUCGCAGGAGCAUGCAAGCUUUCGUCGAAGUAUGUGUACAUGCAAAUAUGCUGGACAAGGCGUUGUCUGCACUGCACUACCAUCGAAAUCGUAGUAAGGAACAGAAGAAAGGCAUUACCGUUGUCGAUAUUGGAAUCUACAACUCUCUCAUCAGAGGCUACGCUGCCAAGGGAAAGUUGUCUCGUGUCCAGGAGAUCAUGCACACCAUGGAGCAUGAUCGCAUAAAGCCAAACGCUGCCACAUUUACAUCUCUUCUUGAGUGCCUCGCUCUGCAGCGCAACAUUUCUCGGGAAAAUGUGGAGAAAGUCAUCGAGGAAAUGAAGGCUCACGACAUCACCCUUCAGCAGCUGUUCAAGGAUUGCAAGUUCUUCGGAAGUACGCGGGAGCAUGUGCUUCAGGCCAUUCAAAAGGUGAUGCCCGACUUUGUGCCCGAGCCAUCCACGUUCCCAAGAAACUACGACUGCAAGCUCUUGCGCAAGCUGAAGAACCAAACGACACUGCACAAACCUCACGAGACUCCGGGUGACCUGCCCACCGUGGAGGAACUUCGUCAGCGCGCCCGUGAGCAGAUGGGCUUGGAGACUGAUGGCCAAAUCACCGUGCAGUCAGUGGCGAAGCUGACAAAUCCCUCCGACAAAGUGGUUCAGAUGAGAAAACAGGUGCAGGAACUGGAAGCAUUGUGGAAAGUGAAGCUGAAGGACGCCUUUGUGAAAAACACCAGGUCACUGCUUAGUCAUGCGUACAUGCACCGCGGGAUGUCCCUGUAUCCGUAUCUGUGUGUCUUGGAGCCUGAUGCCUAUGUGAACAUCAUGCUGCAGGAGGUUCGAGCGCUGGCCAUGUCUUCAGAGACUUUCAGUCCAUCUUUGCUCACAUUGCAUCAUGGUGUUGGAGUCAAGGUGAUGACUCGGUACAUGACUGCCGUGAAGGAGCGCAACGGAAUUGCAUCCAAGGUGAGCACGUUGUACGACAAGUAUCUCGAGUACUGCCUCCAGCCCGAGUUGUGGAGCAAGUGCACGCCGCGUGAGUGGUGGCAGGGGAUUGGGAUCGAGAACUGCGAGGGACCUUCUCUGGAUGUUGAAAUAUCUCACUGGCCAUUCCACGCUUCAGUAGGGAUUGGACGAUUCCUGUACGACAUAAUCUUCCACGAAGUGAAGAUCGACAUCAAUGCCAUGCGGCCCUCUUCAACAAAGGCAAUGGUACCUGCGUUCUACAACAUCUACAGGACCGUUGGGCUGAGAACGAAAGAAGAAAUAAAGCCUCAUCCUCUGCUUUCCAAACUCUAUCGCGAAGCGUCCCUCGAGGAACUUGCUUUUGACAUUGGCCUGGUGCCCAUGGUGUGUCCACCACUGCCCUGGUCUGAUGUCAACAGUGGAAUCUUCUUGCUCACGCAGACACCCCUGGUGAGACUUCCGGAGACGGCCCAGCAACAGAAAAUGGUGCUCGAGGAUAAACCCGUGCAGCAGAUGUACCCGAGCUUCGACUCCCUGAACAUCCUUGGCCUCUGUCCCUGGAGGAUCAACAAACCCAUGCUUGAUCUGGUAAUUGAUGUGUUCCUCAACAAAGGCAACACUGAGCUUGACAUCCCGAUCCCUCCUUCAGAGCUCCCAGCCCCACCCAAGUUCGAACCUGGCAUGGACAAAACAGAAAAGAUCAAGAUAACUCGGGAACGCAUGUUUAACAGGCGUAAACGUGCUGAAAUGUACAGUCUAUGGUGCGACGCUCUCUACAAGCUUUCUAUCGCCAACCAUUUUAGGGACAGGGUGUUCUGGUUUCCGCACAACAUGGAUUUCAGAGGAAGAGUCUAUCCAUGUCCACCUCAUUUCAAUCACCUCGGCAGCGACGUUGUGAGGGGCAUUCUGCUGUUUGCCAGAGGUGAACCGCUAGGCGAAAAUGGCCUGGACUGGCUGAAAAUCCAUCUUAUCAACUUGACCGGCCUCAAGAAAAGGGAACCUGUGUCUGAGAGGCUGCGGUUUGCGAAUGAAAUGAUGCCCGAAAUUCUCGACUCAGCUGACAACCCGAUGACGGGCCGGCGGUGGUGGGCCAAGUCUGACGAGCCCUGGCAGACGUUGGCCUGUUGCAAGGAAGUGGCGGCCGCCGUGCGAUCCCCCGAUCCGACGCGCCACAUCUGCUACCUGCCGGUGCACCAAGAUGGCUCCUGCAAUGGCCUGCAGCACUAUGCAGCUCUAGGCAGGGAUGCCCAAGGUGCUGCACAGGUUAACCUGCAGCCUGCCGAUAGACCGCAGGAUGUCUACAGUGGUGUGGCAGCAUUGGUUGAGCAGGAGAGACAGAAAGAUGCAGCCAAUGGCUUGCAGAUUGCCAAGGUGCUGGAAGGUCACAUCAAAAGGAAGGUGGUGAAACAGACGGUGAUGACUGUGGUGUACGGUGUAACCCGCUUUGGCGCCCACCUCCAGAUACUGAAACAACUCAAGGACCUGGACAACUUUCCCCAGGAGCACUGCUGGGCAGCCGCCCACUACCUCGUCCAGAAGACCUUUCUCUCCCUUCAGCAGAUGUUCACUGCUACGCGCGAGAUUCAGGAUUGGUUCACCGCUUGCGCCAAGAUGAUCGCGUACGUGUGCUGUCAGCCCGUCUCGUGGGUGACUCCGCUGGGACUUCCUGUCAUCCAGCCAUACCACAAGCCUACUUCGGUGAAGAGCCCAAUCUCUUACGGUGACCGGAUAAGUGCGGAGUAUCGAACAAUCUUCGAAAUGCACCAGAGACCUAACGUGAUGAAGCAAAAAAAUGGCUUCCCUCCAAACUUCAUUCAUUCGCUCGACUCAAGUCACAUGAUGCUGACAGCCAUCUUUUGCCAGAAGGCCGGAAUACAGUUCGUGUCUGUGCACGACUGUUACUGGACACAUCCAAACACAGUAAACAUCAUGAAUAAGAUAUGCAGGGAGCAGUUCGUGGCCUUACACAGCGAGCCCAUCCUCGAAGAUUUGUCCAAGCACUUCGUGCGAACAUUUGGCUACAAAGAGAGUGAGAUGGCACGAGUCAACAAAGCAGCGGAAUUGGCUAUGCGAAAGCUCAACAAUGUGAUUAAACAGAUUCCUGAGAAAGGCUCCUUCCAGUUGGAAAACGUGUUGGACUCUGUGUACUUCUUUAGUUAGUGCACGGUAUCGUGUUAGCGUCGGGCAAUGACACCAAAUGAGACGUAAGUGCAUGCACACGGGUUGUGUUUAUGUACAUAAUUUAUGUAAGUAUAGCUUGUAAAAUAAGAAAGAAAAUAUUGUUAUAUAUUUGUUAAAUAAAUAUGCUCGCUCUGUUA